CAACAUCCGACGAUGACCGCAAGUCCUCUCAUUUACUCCGCAAUGGAGUGGCUCCAAUCCCAUGCACAUCACGUAUCGCUUUGGGAUGUGACCAUCGCCUUCUUGGGUUACAUCAUCUCCUCAUGCAUCGUUGAGAGGCUGACAAACAAGAACGGCCCGAUGCUGUGGCCCGUCCUCGGGAUCAUCCCUUCCAUUCCGUUCAGUCAGGACGAGAUCUACGACUGGGUGACGCGGGCCCUGGCGAAGGCCGGGGGAACGUUCUGGUACCGCGGCGUGGCCUUUGGCGGAGCCCGAGGGAUCAUCACGGUGGACCCCGCCAACGUCGAGCACGUGGUCCGGACCCGUUUCGGUAAUUACCCGAAGGGCAAGUAUUACCGGGAGAGGUUCCGUGACUUGCUUGGCGACGGGAUCUUCAACGCGGACGACGCCGAAUGGAAGGAGCAGCGCCGGCUCGCUACAUCGGAGAUGCACUCCUCGCGCUUCGAGCGGCACUCGUACGACACCAUGCGUGAGCUCGUCCACCAGAAGCUCCUCAUGGUUCUGGAGGCAAGGGCCGCCGCCCCAAGAGACGAUAAGCCGCCGCUUGACCUCCAAGACGUCCUUCUCCGGUUCACGUUCGACAACAUCUGCAACGCGGCCUUUGGUGUUGACCCGGGCUGCCUGACCGUUGAUCUGCCCGAGGUGCUCUUUGCUAGGGCGUUCGAGGAGGCCACCGAGUUUACCCUGCUCAGGUUCUUGGUGCCACCUUUUGUGUGGAAGCCCAUGAGGAUUCUCUCGCUUGGGCACGAGAGAAGGCUCAAGGAAGCUGUAAGGAUCGUCCACAAGUUCGCAGACAAGACGGUGUUAGACCGCCGGACGGAGCUGACCAAGCUUGGGAGGUUGAGUGAUCGGUCUGACCUCCUAUCCCGGCUCAUGGAGGACAAGAAUCACAACUUCUCCAACAAGUUCCUCAGGGAUUUCUGUAUCAGCUUCAUCUUAGCCGGCCGUGACACGAGCUCCGUCGCUUUGGUGUGGUUCUUCUGGUUGAUAGACAAGCACUCGGAUGUCGAAGCCAAAGUCCUCAGCGAGAUCCACCAGAUCAUUCUACGGCGAUGCCCUCCGGUGGGUCGGGAUGCGCAUCAGGAUGUGGUAUUCACACCGGAGGAGUUGACCGACAUGGUGUAUUUGCAAGCCGCACUAUCAGAGUCCCUGAGGUUGUACCCAUCAGUCCCAAUGGAGAUGAAGGAGGUCCAAGAGGACGACGUGCUUCCCGAUGGCACGGAGCUGAAACGCGAUGAUCGAGUCAUGUACUGCAUAUUCUCGAUGGCACGUAUGGAGGCGCUGUGGGGGAGGGAUUGCGAGGAGUUCAGGCCGGAGAGGUGGUUGAGGGACCACGGGCGGCGGAUGGUGAACGAGAGCCAGUUCAAGUACGCGGUGUUCAACGCUGGCCCAAGGCUGUGCGUGGGGAAGAAGUUCGCAUUCAUGCAGAUGAAGAUGGUGGCAGCAUCAGUGCUGUGGAGGUACUCAGUGGUGGUGGCAAAGGGCCACAGGGCGGUGCCCAAGGUCACCACCACCCUCUACAUGAAGUACGGGCUGCCGGUGACCCUCCGGCCGAGGGUGGUCGCCGCCAGGAAGUUAUAAGUAAUGAUUCUGGUGAGUG